GCAGUCUUUCUUUUGACAAAUGUUAUAAGAUGGUGUUGGAAUUGAAGUUUUGUUUCCUAAUUUUGAAAUAACUUCUCGAAGUAGAUUGUGAAUAACUUUUCUUAACCUCGCUGGGGGCCAUGAUCACAUAUCGGUAAUCACUCUAUUCUCCCUUCACGGCCCACGGCUAGAUAUUUAUUUGGUUAUGGAAACAACCGAAACAGCAAAAAUAUUGCUUCUAAAUCUAAUCUCCGAUCUAAUUUUUUUUUGCAAAAGAUUUUUUAAGAAGCACAGUUUAAUAAGGCAUUUUCUAGCGCCCGUGAAAGAAAAGCCAAUCUAUGGAUUAUACAAUAUAAAAUAUUUUCUAAUCUAUACACUCAAAUUUGGAAUAUAUGCAAGCUUACGAAAAAAUUCUGGGAAAUGUGUAGCUAAGUCUUUUUUUCGAAGAAAUAAAUGAUGCCACAAAUCUUGGCGGAUAUUACCAUUUGUUUGUUAUGUGUUCAACAAAGGUUUCUCUCUUCCAGGAAAUUUAAAGACACAUUUAAGGACGCAUACGAAAGAGAAACCUUAUGUUUGUGACAUUUGCAAUAAAGCGUUUUCUCAAAAUGGAACAUUAAAGGUUCAUUUACGCACGCAUACGAGAGAGAAACCAUAUGUUUGUGACAUUUGCAAUAAAGCGUUUUCUGAGCCAAGCAAUUUAAAGAUGCAUAUAAGGACGCAUACGAAAGAGAAACCGUAUGUUUGUGAGAUUUGUAGUAAAGCUUUUUCUCAAAAAGGAAGUUUAAAGUGCCAUUUACGGACGCAUACAAAAGAGAAACCGUAUGUUUGUGAGAUUUGCAGUGAAGCUUUUUCUCAAAAUAGAACUUUAAAAGUUCAUUUACGCACGCAUACGAGAGAGAAACCAUAUGUUUGUGACAUUUGCAAUAAAGCGUUUUCUGAGCCAAGCAAUUUAAAGAUGCAUAUAAGGACGCAUACGAAAGAGAAACCGUAUGUUUGUGAGAUUUGCAGUGAAGCUUUUUCUCUAAAACAAACUUUAAGGAGACAUCUACUUACACAUACAAAAGAGAAACCGUAUGUUUGUGAGAUUUGCAGUAACGCUUUUUCUCAAAAAGGAAGUUUAAAGUGUCAUUUACGGACGCAUACGAAUGAGAAACCAUAUAUUUGUGAGAUAUGCAAUAAAGCAUUUUCUCGAAGAGGAAUUUUAAAUAUACACUUACGGACGCAUACAAAAGAGAAACCGUGUGUUUGUGAGAUUUGCAGUGAAGCUUUUUCUCAAAAAGGAAAUUUAAAUGACCAUUUACGGACGCAUACGAAUGAGAAACCAUAUAUUUGUGAGAUAUGCAAUAAAGCAUUUUCUCAAAAAGGAUGUUUAAUGACACAUUUAAGGACGCAUACGAAAGAGAAACCGUAUGUUUGUGAGAUUUGCAGUGAAGCUUUUUCUCUAAAAGAAAGUUUAAGGAGACAUCUACUUACGCAUACAAAAGAGAAACCGUAUGUUUGUGAGAUUUGCAGUGAAGCUUUUUCUCAAAAAGGAAAUUUAAAUGACCAUUUACGGACGCAUACGAAUGAGAAACCAUAUAUUUGUGAGAUAUGCAAUAAAGCGUUUUCUCGAAGAGGAUGUUUAAAGAGACAUUUAAGGACGCAUACGAAAGACAAACCGUAUAUUUGUGAGAUAUGUAGUAAAACGUUUUCUCGACGAGGAAAUUUAUUUCUACAUUUACGCACGCAUACAAAAGAGAAACUGCACAUUUGAAAUGUAAGCAAUAAAACAAUUUCUAGUGGAUGCUUUUAAAGGAAAUAUUUUCUUACGCAUACGAAACAGAAACCUCUGUGUGCAUUUAUUGCAAAAGGAAAUUUGCAGCCCCUUUUACCCAUCCAUUCUAAACAGUAACUACAUGUUCGUUGUGUUUGUAAUAAAGUAUUUUCUGGUCGAAACAUUGAAAGGAGAUAUUUAUUGAGGCAUGCAAAAUUAAAUCCACAUAUUUGUAAGAUGUGCAACAAAGCGUUUUCCUUGCGAGAAAAUAUGAAAUUGCGUUUAUGGGUUCAUAUGAAAUAAAAAUGUAAGCAAUAAAGCAUUUU